UCCCUCCAGUCAUGGGACUCCUUAGUGGGUCUCUCGCCUCCCUGCUCCUCCUGCUUCAGACGCAGGUUUGCUGGCUACCAAGCGUGGCCUCCGAACCCUACCCGGUGCACUUCGGGGAGGCUGAAGUGACCUUGGAGGCGGGAGGAAUUGAUCUGGAGCCCAGCCAAACGCUGGGGAAAGUAGCACUGACUGGACGUGCUGGACAUGAGAUGCAUGGUGCUGACCAUGGAGAAAUCACCGUGCUGAGCAGUAGGACAGUCCAGGCAGGGACGUCUGCAGUGAGCGCCCUGCCCAACCGCAUCUUACGAAGACACAAGAGAGAAUGGGUGAUGCCGCCGAUAUCCGUCCCUGAGAACGGCAAGGGUCCUUUCCCUCAGAGGCUGAAUCAGCUCAAAUCUAAUAAGGACAGAGGCACCAAGAUUUUCUACAGCAUCACUGGGCCUGGAGCAGACAGUCCGCCUGAGGGCGUCUUCACCAUAGAGAAGGAGACAGGCUGGUUGCUGUUGAAUAUGCCACUGGACAGGGAGAAGAUUGUCAAGUAUGAGCUUUAUGGCCAUGCAGUGUCUGAGAACGGUGCUUCUGUGGAAGAGCCCAUGAACAUCUCCAUCAUCGUGACAGACCAAAAUGACAACAAGCCCAAGUUCACUCAAGAGACCUUCAGAGGGAGGGUCAUUGAGGGAGCAACACCGGGCACGUCUGUGAUGCAGGUGACAGCCACAGAUGAGGACGAUGCCAUCCACACUUACAAUGGGGUGAUAGCUUACUUCAUCCAAAGCCAAGAACCAAAGGAGCCACAUGACCUCAUGUUCACCAUCCACAAAAGCACUGGGGCCAUUAGUGUCAUCUCCAGUGGCCUGGACCGGGAGAAAGUCCCCGAGUACACACUGACCAUCCAGGCCACAGACAUGGAUGGAGAGGGCUCUACGACCACAGCGGUGGCCAUAGUGGAGAUCCUUGAUGUCAACGACAAUGCCCCCGAGUUUGAGCCACAGAAGUAUGAGGCCUCGGUGCCAGAGAACGCAGUGGGCCAUGAGGUACAGAGCCUAACCGUGACUGAUCUGGAUGACCCCGGCUCACCAGCAUGGCGUGCCACCUACCGAAUCGUGGGAGGUGAUAAUGGGGACCAUUUCACAGUCACCACUCACCCAGAGACCAACCAAGGCAUCCUGACAACCAAGAAGGGCUUGGAUUUUGAGGCUCAGAACCAACACACCCUAUACAUAGCAGUGACCAAUGAGGCUGACUUUGUGCUGAAUCUCCCGACGGCCACUGCCACCGUAGUGGUCCACGUGGAAGAUGUCAAUGAGGCCCCUGUGUUUGUCCCACCUUCCAAAGUCGUUGAGGUCCAGGAGGGUAUCUCUUUUGGGGAACUGGUCUGCUUCUAUACUGCCCAGGACCCAGACAAGGAAGACCAGAAAAUCAGCUACCACAUCUUGAGAGACCCAGCUGGCUGGCUCGCCAUGGACCCAGACAGCGGUCAAGUCACGGCUGCAGGCAUCUUAGAUCGUGAGGAUGAACGGUUUGUGAGGAACAACAUCUAUGAAGCCAUGGUUUUGGCCACAGACAAUGGGAGCCCUCCCACCACUGGCACUGGGACCCUCCUGAUAACACUCACCGACAUCAACGACCAUGGCCCACUCCCAGAACCCCGCCAGAUCACCAUCUGUAACCAAAGCCCUGUGCCUCAAGUGCUGAACAUCACGGACAAGGACUUGUCUCCCAACUCCUCCCCUUUCCAGGCCCAGCUAACACAUGAUUCAGACAUCUACUGGGCAGCAGAAGUCAGCGAGAAAGGAGACACCGUGGCCUUGUCGCUGAAGAAGUUCCUGAAGCAAGACACAUAUGAUUUGCACCUUUCUCUGUCUGAUCAAGGCAACAGGGAACAGCUAACCAUGAUCAGGGCCAAAGUGUGUGACUGCUAUGGCCACGUGGUGACCUGCCCCGAGCCCUGGAAGGGUGGUUUCGUUCUCCCCAUCCUGGGUGCUGUCCUGGCUCUGCUGACCCUCCUCCUGGCGCUCCUCUUGUUGGUGAGAAGGAAGAGAAAGGUCAAAGAGCCCCUCCUGCUCCCAGAGGACGACACCCGUGACAAUGUCUUCUAUUACGGUGAAGAAGGGGGUGGCGAAGAGGACCAGGACUAUGACAUCACCCAGCUCCACCGGGGGCUGGAGGCCAGGCCUGAGGUGGUUCUCCGCAACGAUGUGGCCCCAACCUUCAUCCCCACACCCAUGUACCGUCCCCGGCCAGCCAACCCAGAUGAGAUCGGCAACUUCAUCAUCGAGAACCUGAAGGCUGCUAACACAGACCCUACCGCCCCACCCUACGACUCCCUGCUAGUGUUUGACUACGAGGGCAGUGGCUCAGAUGCCGGCUCCCUGAGCUCGCUCACCUCCUCGGCCUCAGACCAGGACCAGGACUACAACUACCUUACUGAAUGGGGAAGUCGAUUCAAGAAACUGGCUGACAUGUAUGGGGGUGGUGAGGAUGACUAGGCUGCCCUGCCAAGCUGUCCAGCAAGAACUGAAGAUCCGUCACAAGGGGAACCUAGCUUCCACUUUGCAAGGACUCUGGAGCUUGCCAGGAAGUGACCUGAGAGGCACACUGCAUCUGACAUGAAGGCCGGACUGUAGCCUCUGAGAUGAAAGGGUGUGGCACGGACUUCAGCACUGAUCCCCUCUCAGCCAGGGCAGGGCUGCUUCUGAGGCUGAACUUGCAGAGGUCUCCCACCUGCCACUCCGUGCUCCGCCCGCCCUCUCAGGGCCUCCUCGCUCUGACGUUCUUCAUGACUUUCCCACGGUUCCCUCUCUUUAGAAAGAGGCCUCUUUCUGCAGCCCUCCCCCUUUUUUUUCUUAUGCGGUUUUUAAAAAGUUAGAGGCUGGAAGGGCAGGGUCAGUGUCCCCUCAGGCCCUCCGGAAGAGAAGCCUCCAGGGCUCACUGGUCCUGGUUUGUCUGAUCUCUGGGCCUUGAGGCCUCACGCUGGGCUGGAUUACUGCUUUAUUAUUAUUUUUUUGACUGAGUAUGUCUAAGUUGUCUUGCAUUUUUUUAUUUUCUCUGUUGUGUCCUGUGGAUGGACAGUGAUGACAAUCAUGUAUAUGU